AUGCCGGUUCCGGAGAAAUUGAUCGAUGAUGGCUUUAUUACGGAGAGACUUCGAGUGGAGUUCCCUAAUGGAGAAGAUGGUGAACCGUCUAUCACGAUUGAGACAGAGGUGUUGGAAGUAAUGAAUGGGAUGUGGAAGUGGUGCAUGAUCGUUAGGGUGCUGGGAAGGAGUGUUGAGAUAUCUGCCUUAAGUAGGAAGUUACGAGAGUUAUGGAAUCCGAAGGGAGCAAUGUACGUGAUGGACUUGCCCCGGCAUUUUUUCAUGGUCCGUUUCAAAAAGGAGGAUGAAUACUUGGCGGCGCUGACAGGAGGCCCAUGGAGAGUCUUCGGUAGUUAUCUCAUGGUGAGGGCUUGGUCAUCAGAGUUUGAUCCCUUAAGAGACGACAUUGCUACAACGCCGGUCUGGGUUAGACUAACAAAUAUCCCAGUGAACUUUUAUCACCGAUCGAUUCUUAUGGGGAUUGCUAAGGGUUUGGGGAAGCCAGUUCGUGUUGACAUGACCACGCUGAACUUUGAGAGAGCAAUGUUUGCAAGAAUUUGCGUCGAAGUCAAUUUGGCAAAGACAUUGAAAGGGACAAUGCUAAUUAAUGGUGAGAGAUACUUUGUAGCGUAUGAAGGGCUAUCUGAAAUCUGUUCAAAAUGUGGAAUAUACGGACAUUUAGUCCAUGGUGUCCAAAAACUAUUGCGGAGAGAGUGGCUAACAUGUUAA